AUGACGGUGGACCCUGCCAUUGAGGCGCUCUUUGGACCGCCGCCUUCCAAUAUCAACCUCAAUGACACCUCGGUGGGCAAUAAUAACAGAGGCGUUAUCGCUAUGUUAUGUGUGGCUGCGCUUGCUGUGAUCACUCGUUUCAUCACUCGGAUAACAUUUCGGAACCCAAUUCUGGCUGAUGAUUAUAUCAUCAUCAUUGCUCUGGUAGGGCAGACCACUCUCAGUACCGGGAAUAUCACAGUAAUGGAACUUGCUACAGGGAGCACCUUUGGUGCUAGCCACCAUGUCUGGUCGAUUUCCUUAUCAGCGCUAGAGGAGACCUACUACCUUCUCUACAUUUACCCCUACAUUUAUGCAGGAGCGUGCACGGCGACCAGAAUAUCGAUCCUCAUUUUCUACCACCGCAUCUUUUCGCCAUUCGAUUCCUGGAUGAAGUGGGCUGUCGUGUUUGGAUGGUUUCAGACAUUAACGUAUCCGAUAUAUCUUUGGACCUGCAUGGGCUGCUUGUGUACCCCACGAAAGUGUUUCUGGCUCCAAUUUGGAGGGACCCUGACUGGAACCUGCCUCGAUGUUGCCAAAUUCUUCAUUGGAGCAGGAAUACUGAACAUGUUGAAUGACUUCAUUCUCUUGAUUAUUCCCUUCCCUCGAAUUGCUAAGCUGCAAAUGUCGAUCAAGAAAAAAAUGGCUAUUGGUGGUAUUAUGGCAGUCGGGUUCUUUCUGUAUUUGGAUCCAUGGAAAUUCACAGUAGCCACUGAUGUGACCUGGGCCAUGGGUCCCCUUUUCAUUUGGUCGACAAUCGAGCCGGGCGUCGCCAUUAUCACUGCCUGCUUGCCCCAUCUUGCACCACUUUUUAAGCUGGCCACUCGGAAAAUGACAUCCUACAACUCAGAGAACACUGGAGCCGGCGGAGCAUCUGGAAAGCUUCAGAGGCUAGACAGCGGGUCUGGUAGGCAAAAGAGAUCGGGCAAUCGGGCACCAAACUUCGAUUUUGGCCUGACCACUCUGGGGACACAAGGUUAUGAUGACGAGAUCGGGUUGACCAAGAUAAGAAGCCGAUAUCUCCACGUAAAGCGCGGAGUUGGUGCUUCAGGCCUAUAA